AUGGAUUUUAACAAUGGCAAUCCAUCAUUUGUUGCUGACACAGGGCAUUUUGUUGUCUACACUGUAGAUUGGAAGCAUAGCCAAGGAUUACUACUGGGAAGUACUGCUCAAAAUCUGCUCCUUCAGAUCAUGGACACGCUUAAACUGGCUGCUAUUAGGCAAAAAAGGAUCACUUUGCUGCAAGCCAUUAGCAGUGUAGAUUCUGAUGACUGCAGCGAAUCGUCAACAGCAGAGAAGGGUCAUUUUGUUGCGUACACCACCGACCAAAAACGCUUUGUGCUUCCCUUAGAUUACCUUGACAAUGAAAUUGUUAAAGGGCUAUUCAAUGUAGCAGAAGAAGAGUUUGGAUUGACAAGCAAUGGACCUUUCACAUUGCCAUGUGAUGCUGCCUUCAUGGAAUACGCAAUUACCUUGAUUCAACAUAAUGUGGCUAGAGAUGUCGAGAAAGCAAUGCUGAUUACUUAG